UCAAGACGAAUUUGCGAAAAUGGUUGCUAAAACAGAUCAACGAGUCCGCUCGGCGGCAAUUGCGCGAGAUACGAACGAGACGAAGAUUGUGCUUGCGAUCAAUCUAGAUGGAGGAGAAUUUCCGACAGACACAGAUGCCAAACUCGUGAAUGGAGUGAAUGGCGGGGAUGGACAUGCGUCACAAGCUUCCAAAAGUCAAACAAUUGCCAUAAAUUCUGGCAUUGGAUUCUUGGAUCAUAUGCUCCAUGCAUUGGCGAAACAUGCUGGCUGGAGUCUGGCACUCAAUUGCAAGGGUGAUCUUCAUAUUGACGACCAUCACACUGCUGAAGAUGUAUGUUUAGCACUUGGUACAGCAUUCAAAGAUGCUCUGGGAGUGCCAGCUGGUCUUGCACGAUUCGGCUCUGCCUAUGCCCCUCUAGACGAAGCUCUUUCAAGAGCAGUUGUCGACCUCUCGAACCGACCCUUUAGCGUUAUUGAUCUUGGAUUGAAGAGAGAAAAGAUUGGAGAUUUGAGCUGUGAGAUGAUACCACAUUGUAUGCAGAGUUUUGCGCAAGCUGCCAGAGUCACAAUGCAUGUCGAUUGUUUGCGAGGGGAUAAUGAUCACCAUAGAGCUGAGAGUGCUUUUAAGGCAUUGGCGGUGGCUAUUCGACAGGCGACAAGUAGGGUUGCUGGAAGGGAAGGAGAGAUACCAAGUACGAAAGGAACAUUGAGUACAUGAAGAAAAGUAUGGUUGGACAUAGAACAAUAGAUUUGGCGGGGUCAAUUCGAGCUCUGACUUAUCCUUAGAAAGGGAAAAGUACGAAUCGUGCUCAGACAUUGGAUACCCAUAAUCCACACAAUCUGACUUCACACU